AACAGCUUCCGCUAUCCACCUCUACAUCUGGAAACAUCCAAGCUUUUCAGCAAGCCAGAAUAGAAGAUGUGGUCACACACUAAAAUAAGAAGAAAAAUGUUAGCUCUCCAUUUUACUUUCUCUAUUUUUGAACGCUGGACACCACAAGUUAAAAAAGAAUGCCAAGAGUAGCUCUCUCCUGUAUCAAGAAAUCGUAGUGCCACGGUGAGCCUGUCUUCUGCACAUACAGCAUUUCGCAAAGCUUGGAAAGCCAACGGUUUUAAAGGAGGCUAAUGAUGCAGAGUCCACGCAUAAUGUUGCCCCCAACAACUGUGCAUUUAGUUUAAAUGAGAUUAAUACUGAAGAUAAAAGCACCUUUGAAAGCUAUGACAAAGGAACUGUAGUGGUUAGAGAACAAGAAGAUCUAGGAACUUUGGAACAAUGUGAAAAGACACAUGAGAUGGAUGGAUGUAAGACCAGUGUAUGUGAGGGAAUCAAAAGACAUGACACUUGUGCUGCAAAUAAUACAGAAUGUACACAGACUGAGGUAGAAUAUAGUUACGGGGAUGAUCUAGUUGGCCUGACCCAUAGUCAACAUGAUCAUCAAACAUUUGUUUCUUCUGUUUGUGGUCAGAUUGUUUCUGUACAUCCUGAGCAACAAAUACUCUGCCAAGUUUGCAAUGAAAAUACAGCAGGAGAAGAGGAGAAGAUUGUGGAGGAUAGCAGGGAAGGUGAAUGUAAUAGCUCGGCUUACUGUGAUAGUGGAAAUGCAAUAGUUUACGACUGCACAACAGAACAUGCGGUAAAAGGCCAUAGGAAAAUAGUUGUUCCUGAUCUUUCAUGUGAUAUUCAGUUUACAGUACAAAAAGAAGGAAACAGCACAAUAUGCAAUAUUAGCAGUUCCACCCCUGAAAAAAUGAAACCAGAUUGUUCUAGCAAUGGAGCUUUGGAAAAAGAAAGUCGUAACAACUCCAGAGUUGAUUGUAAUGUUACUGAAGAAGUUUACAGAGCCAGUGAAUCACUUGUCUUUUGUGCCUCUGAGGAAAAUAUGUUACUGCAUGAUAGUGAUAUACCAACAAAUCUAUGCUGUCUGGAACUUGAAGUCAUCAAUGAUGCUCAAAAUCAAAUAUCUGCUUGUGGUCCUCAACAAGAUAAUGUUGCAGAUGAAUAUGAUGCUGAUAGAAUAGUGGCCCAAAAGACUAAAGAAGAUGGAUGUAUUGCAAUGGAGAAAGAGGAGCAGCAGAUUGAUUAUGCAGAUUACGGAGAUGAAAGGACAACUUGCUGUAGGGAUCAAGUAUUACACUGUACACCUUUUACUAAAGGAGCACAUUUGGAAAGUGAAACUAGAAACAUUUUAGAAUACAAUAUACAAACUACAAUUGACACAUGUAAAGCAGAUGUGUGUGCCCUUGCCUUACACAAUAAAGAAAAAGUUUCUGAAUUAGCAACUGAUUCUGUUCUGUCAGUUAAUGCAGAAUCAGAGAAAAAUACAUGUGACAGUGACACAGUAAGUUGUGAAUGCAAGAGAACUUGCCAAGAAACUAGCCCUUCUCCCCCCAUGAAAAGACUUGACCAAGAAAACAAAAUAAAUAUUCAACUAUUUGAGGAAUCCGAGUGUCUUGAUAACAAAACAAUAGCUUCACUUCACAAUGACAGUACAUUGCCACAAAAUGUAGAGUGCCCGUAUUCAGACCUGGCUUCCCAAAAACAAGAAAUGUCUAACUGUUCUCAGCAAUUUCCAGAAAAUGUGAAAGAUAAUAAUUCCAAUCCUAUCUGGAUGACAGGAUACAAGAAAAAUGAUAUAUCCUUGGACAAAGAAACAAAAAAAUUAAGUGAGAAUGCAUAAUAUA